AUGUCGUUCAUUUUCAGUGUUACAACUCAAUUACUGUCCUAUUUGCUGUCACCCCUUCUCUUCCUCCUAUCACCGGUGAUCUACCUCGGACGGCUUGCUUUAUACCUAACUCUGCUUCCAUUGCGCAUCUUGAUCAGAUUAGAGGCAUUCAUCUACUUCAUGACCGGGGCUGUUCUUAUUGGAGCUACUAUAGGGAUGUUCCUAUACUUCACCGGAACUGGUCUGUCGCAUGUGCUACGGAUUGAAGAUUCAGAUGAACCUCACCGGCGUCCUGUGAAACAUGAGGCUAUAGAUCCUGCACCACAAGAUUCACCCUUCGAUUACCUGGAUCUGAAGACGGAAGAUCACAAAUUCCUACCCUCGACAAUAUUGGAGGAGGAAGAAACAAGCUAUGACUCUGAAUGA